UUCUGCAGCCCUGGUUCAGCGCAGUUCUGUUAAAUGUAAAGUAUAGAACAUAGACCCUGAAAAUGCGGGGAACACACUUUUCUGACUGCGAUAAACGGAUUUAUUCUUGAUCAUAAAGACCUCCUGACUUGUGCCCAAGAAUGUCAGGGAAACCAAAGGCAGAAUCGUCAGAGGGAGCAGCCUCCAAAACCAAGGUAAAAGAACAGAUCAAGACAAUUGUGGAGGAUCUGGAAACUGUCCUGGGUGAUUUGAAGGAUGUGGCUAAAGAACUCAAAGAGGUUGUUGACCAGAUAGAUUCACUUACCUGUGACCUGAAGCUGGAGGAAGAAAUGACUGACAGCUCCAAGACAGAUACGCUCAACAGCAGCUCCAGCAGCACCACCACUGCCUCCAGCUUGGAAAAGGUCAAAUUGCACUCAAAAGGACAAAUUAUAAAGCCACCUCCAGCUGUCCUUACAGUGCUAAAGAAACCAAAACCACCUCUCCCACCACCGCGGUUGACUCCUGUCAGAUGUGACUCCAGUAAGACACUGCCCAUGGGGAUACCUUUGAAACUUAAUGGGACCCUUCUUCGGAAUGGAGUUUUACCAGGGACACAAAAAAAGGUGCAGAAUGGGGAUGUAUGUUGUAUUCCUAAAAAAAUUGUAGAGAAAGUGCCCUCAUCACCGCCUCUGCAUAGACCUGACAAAGACAGAUGCCCGCAGGCGACUAGAGAGCGAGUCAGAUUUAGUGAAAAAGUACAAUAUCACGGUUACUGUCCAGACUGCGAUGUGCGAUAUGAUAUAAAAAACCGGGAAGUGCACUUACACCUUGGACCCAUUCACACAAAAUUAAAAUCGCCUCAUCACUGUCCCCCACAGCCCCCUCCUUUACCCCCUUUAGAAAAUGGUGGGGCAUGCAUCAGUACCAGUCAUAGCUUUCCCCCUGUGCCUCCACCGACUGCCCCUAAACCCCAAAAAACAAUCCUAAGAAAAUCAACAACCACAACCGUUUGAUGUAUACCACUAGAAAAAAUGAUUACUGUUUAAAAAAUAUAUAUAUGUAAUGAGCACUUUCUACUUCAAGAAUAAAAGGCAAACACUUUCUCCCAGUGAUCUAAAAAAAAAAAAUGGUAAGAAGAUAAAACCAUGG